AUGGACAGAAGAUCUGGUAAAGUACUGGAAGCUGAACCAAAAUUUUUGAAAUCUGGUGACGCAGCUAUGGUCAGACUUGUUCCAAGCAAACCAAUGUGUGUCGAAGCGUUCAAGAAUUAUGCUCCGCUUGGUCGUUUCGCCGUCCGCGACAUGCGACAGACUGUUGCUGUUGGAGUCAUCAAGAAACUACCAAAAAGACCGGGAAUGAUAGACGUGGACGAAGAAUCAAUUGAAGGAGAAAUGGAUCCUCCAGUUGUAACAUACAUUAAAGAAACUACUUUCGAUGUCAAUUUUUCAAGUCUCACAGGCGUCGUUGCAUAUUAUGUCACUGUGGCGCCACGGCAUGCUACAUUUGCUCCACAAACUGUAACCGCAAACACGAGCGGGUCUGUUUUAGUGGAGAAUCUUGUCGGAAAUACUAUAUACUAUGUGAGGGUCAAAGGUGAAAAUGCAGCUGGUGAAAUUGGUCCAGACAGUCACGCAACUUCAGUACAUACACUACCAGGGCCUCCAACGUUCACACUGAGUGAUCCGUUACCUACAUCAGUAUAUAUCGCAUUUCAAUUAAACAAUUAUGCAAGAGUGUCGAAGUGGACAAUUCAAUACCAAGAAGUGGCUUCUAGUGAUCCAUCAGAAGUUGUAACAACACCUAGUGGUCAAUACUAUCAGUACUGGUUAUCCAAACUGAUGCCGGACACUGAUUACAAAAUACGAGCAAGGGCGUCACAGUUGUAUGGCAGCACGAAUAUAUCGGAUACUAGGUAUUCGUCGUGGCAAAAUUUUAAAACAGCUUCUCUCUCAAUAUUUGGUCGAGUAGACCUUGAAGACGAGACAUAUAAUUCUUCAUAUUCGAACGAAUUCAGCGAUGAAUGGAAUGCAACUCUUUCAAUAAUAACAGAAGCAUAUAGUGCAAUGAAUAUAACUUACAAUGAAAUAACGAUUAUUGAAAUUGGAAACAACGGAAAAGGAAAUCCUCUUGUAUUUUAUGAAAUCAAAGUCAAAGACAAAAGCUUGCCUUCACCACAGAAUUAUACGUUAACUGGACCAAGUUUCAGCAACUCAUCUAUCAAUAACGGAGAUGAAUGCGUGGGAACCCCGGGCAUAUAUGUAGCAGCAUUAAGUAGCGGUACUGAAUACGUCUUUGCAUACUUUAACUCUACACAUCCGAUGAAGCAGGAUGACGUUGACAUCCACAUGUACAUAACACAAGAAGAUGGAUCGACCAUUACAAUCCCAGUAAUAUUUCCAAGAGAAAUGUCUGAUGAUAGUCCUCAAACUUCAAUAAACAUACAAUCGAACGGAGUCAUAUCAGAUGCUUCAGCAACUGUAACUGGAUUAUUGAACUUGAACAGCGCGGCAGGCCUCACUCUAGCUUUUCUUAUAAAGGACGUUGUAAGAAAAACUGGUGUGAAGCUGUAUACAAGAUAUUUUGAAGCUCAAAGUUUAUCUUUACCCGAAGACACUGUUGAUCAUCUUUUUCACUCAACAGUAUUGAAUGGCAGCGUUAUAAACUCGGAGGAUAUAACGUACGCCUCAUCAUCUGACGGAACAUCUGUGACGUUGCAUAUACCCUCUCUAAAGAAGGCGAUUAGAUAUGAAAUAUUAGACAGUAAUGACACGGUGGUUGCUACAUUGGAAGAAGAAGAGAUCGAUGGAUCAGACGUUCUAAAGCUAUUCUUACUCCCCCAUGCAUGA